CCCAACCCCUCCAAGAUCGUGGCCAACUGCAACGGCACCACCAAGAAGAUCCAGAUGGUGCCGGGGCGUGAGAUCCACUGGCCGGGGAACGUGGUCCCCUCUGACGUCCCCCCCUGCGGCUUCGAUAACAGCGACCCGCUGUGCCGCAAAGCCAGCCUGUCCACCCUGGAGGUCCUGUCCCUCGUGGUCAGCCUGAUCCUCCUGGCCAUCACCGUCACCUCCUUCUUCAUCUACAGGAAGCUGCAGCUGGAGAAGGAGCUGGAGGCCGAGCUGUGGCGUGUCCGCUGGGAAGACGUGCAGAUGAGCAGCCUGGAGAAACACCUCCGGAGCGCCGGCAGCAAGCUCACCCUCUCCCUGAGGGGCUCCAACUACGGCUCGUUGAUGACCACGGAGGGGCAGUUCCAGGUCUACGCCAAGACGGCGUACUACAAGGGCAACCUCGUGGCGGUGAAGCACCUCAACCGCAAGCGCAUCGAGCUGACACGCAAGGUCUUGUUCGAGCUGAAGCACAUGCGGGAUGUCCAAAACGAGCAUCUGACCCGCUUCAUCGGCGCCUGCACCGACCCCCCCAACAUCUGCAUCCUGACCGAGUACUGCCCCCGUGGGAGCCUCCAGGAUAUCUUGGAGAACGAGAGCAUCACGCUGGACUGGAUGUUCCGCUAUUCCCUCACCCAUGACAUCGUCAAGGGGAUGCAGUUCCUGCACAACGGGGUGAUCGUCUCCCACGGGAACCUCAAGUCCUCCAACUGCGUGGUGGACAGCCGCUUCGUGCUGAAGAUCACGGACUACGGGCUGGAGAGCUUCCGCGUGGCCCCCGACGGCGAGGACUCCCACGCGCUCUUCGCCAAGAAGCUGUGGACGGCGCCCGAGCUGCUGCGGAUGGAGUCGCCGCCGGCCCGCGGGACGCAGAAGGGCGACGUUUACAGCUUCGGCAUCAUCCUGCAAGAGAUCGCCCUGCGCAACGGCGUCUUCUACGUGGAGGGGCUGGACCUGAGCCCCAAAGAGAUCAUCGAGCGGGUGAAGAGCGAGGAGCGCCCCAGCUUCCGCCCCUCGGCCAACGUGGGGUGCCACAUGGAGGAGCUGGGCCAGCUGAUGCAGCACUGCUGGGCCGAGGACGUCCUGGAGCGCCCCGACUUCAACCAGAUCAAGGUCCAGCUCCGCAAAUUCAACAGGGAGAGCAGCAGCAACAUCCUGGACAACCUGCUGUCGCGCAUGGAGCAGUACGCCAACAACCUGGAGGAGCUGGUGGAGGAGCGAACCCAAGCCUACCUGGAGGAGAAGCGCAAGGCUGAGGCUCUGCUCUACCAGAUCCUGCCCCAGUGA